UUUCUUCAUAAAUAAACUCAUCAAUCAUCACUACUUUUCAGUUUAUUAUCAUAUCUCAAUAAAAAUUCUUUUCUUCCCAAAAUGACAAACUUGAAAACCAUAACUAUGUUCCUCUUCUUAUUCUUAAUUGCCAUGACUUCAUUACCAUCAAUAACUCACUGCAGAACCCUGAUCAUUCCAAACAAUGAAAAACUCAUGGAAAGCACUUGCAAGAAAACACCAAACUACAACGUAUGCCUUCAAUCUCUUAAAGCAUACCCCGGAAGCUCCGGCACCGACGUCAAUGGCCUGGCCCAAAUAAUGGUGAAGGUGAUGAGAUCAAAAGCAAAUGAUGCCAUUAACAUGAUCCAUGAGCUUCAAAGAAGUAGACCAAGUAAAGCACUGAGUUCAUGUGCAAGCAAGUAUAACGCAAUUGUGAUUGGUGAUAUACCAGAAGCCACUGAAGCUCUUGCGAAAGGUGAUCCUAAAUUUGCAGAAAAUGGAGCAAAUGAUGCUGCUAAUGAAGCUACCUUUUGUGAAAAUGGAUUCAAUGGGAAAUCACCUCUCACCCAACAGAACAAUGCUAUGCAUGAUGUUUCUGCUGUUACUGCUGCUAUUGUUAGAUUGUUACUCUAGUUAAUUAGUUAGUUAAUUACAUUCACUAAUUAAUAUAUGCUUCUAUCUGUUAUCAGAAAUCUGGAACAUGGUGUUCUCGAAUAAUGCAUUUAUAGUAAUUAUAUGUAAAA